AUGACAGGAUAUUGGGCAUUGAUAUCUGAUGGUAAAUUAGGAGCAGAAAGGACGAACAAAUCAACAAAUCGACUUUCUCUCACAAAAACAUUAUCCUUAACACUCAAACCCAUCACUUCAAAGAAUCACACCUCAACCUACACCAAAAAAUUGAAUAGUCAUGUAGCCAUUUCAUACCAAAUUAAUGAAAAGACAUAUUGUUACUCGCAUGAUGCAAAUAAGCAUACGUGGCACAUUCAAGAAUUAUUAGAAGGAGGUAAAUUCGGUAAAGAAACAUCACAUGGUACAUUAGAAAAUCCAUAUCACGUCUUAUUCACAUUCAAAAUUUACAAUAAAAAUUAUUUAUACGCCCAAAAUUCAAUUUCGCAUUAUUGGUACAUUCAAGAAUUAUUAGAAGGAGGGAAAUUAGGUAAAGAAACAUCACAUGGUACAUGGAAAACGACCUAUCAUGUAACAUUUCCAUUUCGUACUUCUGAUGGUAGAAUUUAUCAUUACGGUCAUAACGUUAAAACAAACGAUUGGUCGAUUCAUGAAUUAAUGCCCGGGGGUAAAAUAGGCAAAGAAACCGCAAAUGGUACAUGCGCUCAACCUCAUCACGUUGCCUUUGCUUUUAACAUAAAUGACAAAACCUAUUAUUAUGGUCAUAACGUUGUGCGUAGAUAUUGGUUUAUAAGGGAAUUAUUCGACGGUGGUAAGAUGGGACCCGAAACUGCUCACGGUUAUUUAAAGCAACCAUUUCACGUCGCUACAUCAUUUCAAGCAAAUGAUAAAUUAUAUUAUUACACUCAAAAUUUAGAUUCCAAAUUUUGGUACAUUCAAGAACUAUUGCCUGGUGGUCGGAUGGGCAAAAAAACAAUAAAUGGAACCUGGAGAAAUUAUUAUGACACUUUAUUUGUAUCGGAGAUUAAUGAAAAAUCGUUCAUAUUCGCAAAAUCUUUUUAA